CCCUUUCUCUUUAUCAGAUCUUUCUAUAUCCCCGAAAUGCAUCUCCCAGAAGUGUCACGUGACUCCGUGCCUGGUCUUGGCCAUGCUACCACCCGACUCCCGCAUCGGAUCCUAAUCAUCGGCGGUGCUUAUGGCGGGCUCAUGGCCGCGCUGAACUUGCUGAGUUUGGCGAAGGGCAAUGCGAAUCGGCCGAGUGCAUAUCCAUUGCCUGAUCUGCAGAAGAAGUUGUCGAGGAGGGGAGUGCAUAUCACCGUGUUGGACCAACGGGAUGGCAUUUUCCAUUCCGUCGGCGCCCCUCUCGCCCACGUGUCCGAGAAAGCCUCGCCAGUCAUGUGGAAGCCCUUCAAAUCCUUCCACGAGCUCCAACACCUCAACCUCACCUUCAAGCAAGGCUCCGUCACAAAGAUCGACUGCAAGUCCCGCACAGCCUGGUACACCGACAUCCACGGCGUGGUCCAGACAGAGCCAUACCACUACCUCAUCCAAGCAACAGGCCUGAAGCGGAAUUGGCCGAUCGUCCCUCGCGCCCAAUCCUGUAGCGAUUACAACAAAGACGCCAGCACCCUCAUCAACCAGAUCAAGAACGCUAGACACAAGCGUGUUGCUGUUGUAGGCGGCGGCGCCGUGGGGAUUGAGUUCGCUGGCGAAAUCAAACACAACCACCCCGCGCUCCACGUCACGCUCAUCCACUCCCGCGCUGAGCUUUUAUCCGCUGAGCCGCUCCCAGCUGAGUUCAAAGACCGCGCUAAGAUGCUGCUUAAAGAGCUGGGCGUCGAGGUCAUCACGGGGAACCGGGCCACCGUGGAAGAGCAGUCAGAGGGGCACUACCUCAUUACUCUCACCAACGGGACGACUAUAACGGCGGGUGCUGUGAUUAAUGCGACGGCUAAACAUCUCCCGACGACAGACUGUCUACCCCGGGAGGCGGUUGAUGAGGAGGGAUUUGUUAAGGUGACGCCUACCCUCACCUUCCCCACUUCUGUCCCCAACUCCACAGCCCACUACGCCAUCGGCGACGUCUGCGCCUGGAGCGGGAUUCGACGAGCCGGCGGUGCCAUGGUAAUGGGCCAACUCGCCGCAACCAAUCUCUUCGCCUCCAUUUUGACUUCCGAAGACCCGGAUUUCGCUCCAGAACACGCCGAGCUGCCCGAGUUCCCCGCUGUGAUGGGCUUGGCGGUGGGCGAUCAGGCGAUUGUCUACUCGGCGGGGACGGGGGUGGAAUAUGGAAAGAAGACGAUGGAGGUGAUGUUUGGGGAGGAUUUGGGGUGGAAUUAUUGCUUGAAGUAUAUGGGGUUGGCGGAUGAGGAGGUGAAGGUUGAGGUGCUUGAGGAGGUUCAGGAGAAGGUUGAGAAGAUUGAGUUGUUGGAGGUGAGAGAUGAAAAUUCGAGGCAAGCUGUGGCUGUUUAGAUGGUUUCUAAAAUACUCCCAAAGAUACAAUGGCUCGAUACCGGGAAGUACAUCUUCAUUCGAUUAGCGAUCUUGCGAUGUUAAAUCAAGUAGCUUUGAUUGGUAUCAAAAUGGGCUCUAAUUGAAGAGUUCUGGAGAAAAAGUAUAUACGUGAAAAUAGAUAUUCAAACUUUGUGAAUGCCAU